AUGAGGAGCUUCACCUUGAUAACAGCUUUACUUCUCUGCAGCCUCAGCUCCGUCUCAGGUUCUGAGUCUCACACUGUGGAGGUUCAGUCUGGUGAUGAAGUCACACUGACGUGCAACAACAUUACCAGCCGUCCAGCUCAUACGGAGUGGUUCAGACUGAUCAACAGAACCAAGCCCAGCUGUAUCUCCUAUAUGUACUGGGAUGAUGAUGAAGCUUCGUUCUGUGAUGGAUAUCAAAAAGAAAAAUUUGAAAUGAGCUCCAACAUCUCCACUGUCUUUCUUAAAAUCAAGCGAGUGGAUUUAUCUGACUCUGGACUGUAUUUCUGUGGAAUCUACGUGAAAGCACAUACCGUCAUUGCCGAUGCAACACAUUUAAUCGUUCAAGAGAAGUUUGAUGGAAUGGCACACCUAAUGAGUUUGAUCCUGGGUGGUCUGACCGUUUCCCUCACCAUAGUCGUCGUUGUUCUGGCUGUUAAAGUCAGGAAACUUCAGACAGGUACAGCAGAUUUACAAUUUAAUCUGGGCUCUGAUGAGCUGAACUCUGCAGCGCUGAGGUUCCUUCCGGAGACAAUGAGGAACAGGAGGCCUGCAUCAGAGAGAGAAGUGGAGACUCGUGUUGUUUAUGCAGCCAGCAGAUAGACUGUAUUGAGGCGUUAAUGCAAAUUUGUUUUAACACCACUCAUUUCUUUAACGCAUUAACGCAAUCGAUCUUUCGGAGGUUGUAGCGAGCUCAGUUUUUACAGCUACAGAGCUAUGAAAGAAGAUACUGAUAUCAUUAGAAACUACAAAACCUUAGGAAUCCAUCAGUACCAACCAUGUCAUA